AUGCCCGCGGAGCACGCCCCGACGCGCCUUCAGGCGGGCGGCAACCACCUGCCCGGGCAGUACGUCAUCGCACGCGUCGGCACGUGCGGCCCCCGCGGCCGCCCCCGCUCCCUGAGCUUCACGGGCAGCGCGUUCAGCGGCGGCAGCAUGAGCGGCGGCGAGGGCGGCGGCAAGCGGCAGCGGGUCGAGUGCUUGCCGCAGGUUGGCGCGGCGGGGCCGGCCAACGGCACUCUCCUCCAGGUCGCGCCGGCCGCAACGCCCCCCUGUGAGGAUGACGACGGCUGCAGUGACCGGAUCGCGUUCUCCGCUGCCGGCCGCUCUGCGCCGCUCGGCGCCGGCGCCACCUGCGCGCCCCUGCCCCCGUCGCUCCCGGCCGGCGCGGCCUCGCCGAUGCUGCUCGGCGCGGCGCGCUGCGCGCCGCGCGUCGGGCUUGGCGGGCGGCGUUGCGCGGCCGUCGCGCUGUUUGGCGGCGGCGUGUCCGCGUCUGACGACGACGACCUCCUCUGCAGCCACCAGGAUCAGCGCGCAGGACAUGGGCUAGACAACGCGCUGGUUCACGUGGGCGACGACGACGCUGACGAGGACGCGUUCAUGAGCGACGCAGUGCUGCUCGACGCAGCGGCUGCGCCGUCGCCCUGCUUUUUCGGCGGCGGCGGCGACGGCGGCGACGACGUCAUGGUGGGCGUGUGCGUGCCCGCGGCGUGCGCGCCGUCGCAGGACUUGCAGCUGGACGUGGCGCGGCUCCUGGGCGAUGAUGGCUGGGGCCCGGCCUGCGGCGCCGGCACCGGCAGCGGCGCCGCGCUCGCCCGCGACGGGUCGUGCGCGGCCGGCUGCGGGGCGGCGAGCGCGGACGAUGAUGCGACGGGGCUGGUGGUCCCAGGCACCAGCGGCGGGGACAGCCCGUCCUGCUCGGGGGCGGAGCUGGAGCUGCUGGGCGGCUGGGAGCUGGAGGCGGCGAUGGCGGCGGCGGCGGCGGCGCGGAGAGCCCCGCGCCACUGA